AUGGCUGCUGCUCAAGGUUACCCUCUUCUCUGUCUGGAGAACCCCCUCCUCGACAUCCAGGCUCGUGGCGAUGCCGCCCUUCUCGAGAAGUACGGCCUCAAGGAUAACGAUGCUAUCCUCGCCGAGGAGAAGCACAUGGGUAUCUACGAGGACCUUCUCUCCCGGGACGCUAAGCUGAUCCCCGGUGGUGCCGCCCAGAACACUGCUCGCGGUGCUCAGUACCUGCUCCCCGAGCAGUCUGUCGUCUACAUCGGCUGUAUCGGUAAGGACAAGUACGGUGACAUCCUCAAGCAGACCUGUGAGGAGGCCGGUGUCCACACCGAGUACCGUGUUGAUGAAGCUGUGCCCACUGGUAAGUGUGGUGUUGUCAUCACUGGUCACAACCGCAGCAUGUGCACCCACCUUGCUGCUGCCAACGAGUACAAGCUCGACCACCUCAAGCAGCCCGAGAUCUGGUCUCUGGUUGAGAAGGCCCAGGUCUACUACGUCGGUGGAUACCACCUGACUGUCUGUGUUCCCGCCAUCCUCGCUCUUGGUGAGGAGGCUGCGGCCAAGAACAAGAUCUUCAUGCUGUCUCUUUCUGCUCCCUUCAUCCCCCAGUUCUUCAAGGAGCAGCUGGACAGCGUUCUCCCCUACACCGACUACACUUUCUGCAACGAGACCGAGGCCAUUGCCUACGCUCAGAGCCACGAGUGGGGCACCGAGGACAUCACCGAGAUUGCCAAGAAGCUCGCUCAGCUCCCCAAGAAGAACACUCAGCGCCCCCGUGUUGCCAUUGUCACCCAGGGCACUCUCCCUACCAUUGUCGCCACCGGCUCUGCCUCCGGCGCUGUCGAUGUCAAGGAGUUCAACGUCCACGAGAUCUCCAAGGACGCCAUCAACGACACCAACGGUGCCGGUGACGCCUUCGCUGGUGGUUUCUGCGCCGGUAUCGUCUCCGGAAAGUCCCUUGACGACAGCAUUGACAUGGGUCAGUGGCUCGCCAGCAAGAGCAUCCAGGAACUUGGACCUUCCUUCCCCUCCCCCAAGCAAACCUACUCUCGUUCUUAA